AUGGCGUCCUCACGCGAUGUCUCGCCCUCCCCAGAAGGGUCAUCAACCAAACCCUCCUUCUUCCGCUCAAUUCCCUUCCAGAUCGCCAUCGCAUGCGGUGUCUCCUUCACAGCACCCGGCAUGUGGGAUGCCCUCGGCGGUCUCGGCGCCGGCGGAGCUGCAGAGCCCUACGCUGUCUCAGCAGCCAACGCGCUCGUAUACGGCCUCUUCGCUGCAGUUUGCAUAGCAGCGGGUGCAAUUAACAACAGAAUUGGCCUGAGAUAUGGACUUGCGCUGGGAGCUAUCGGAUACCCGAUUUAUGGCGCUGGAUUGUAUACAAAUAACGUUGCGCCCAAGACGUGGUUUUUGUUGUUUGGUAGUGCGCUUUGUGGUAUUUCGGCGGGCUUCUUUUGGGCUGCCGAGGCGGCCAUUAUUAUCGGAUAUCCUAGCCCUGAGGAUCGUGCUUUUUAUCUCGCUAUCUGGCAAUCUGCCAAAGCAGCAGGUCCCAUUGUCGGAGGCGCCAUCAAUCUCGGCCUCAACGCGCAAUCUUCCUCGAAGGGCUCCGUUAGCUCAGCGACUUACAUCGUCUUCAUCGUCAUCAUGUGUCUCGGCCUACCGAUCGCUCUUCUUCUCAGUCCGGCCGAAAAAGUCCAGCGAAAAGAUAAAACACUUGUUGUUGUGACCAAGCAACCUACAUGGGCUGCUGAGUUCAAGGCUGUGCUAUCGCUUCUCGUCACGAAGCGCAUGCUGCUCCUCAUUCCAGCAUUCUUCAUCAGCUACUUUUACAACGGCUUUAUGAGCACCUGGUUGACGACAUACUUUACUGUCCGAUCCCGAGCGUUCUCAUCGUUCUUCACCAACUUUUCUGGAAUCAUCAGCUCAUUCCUGAUCGCGGGAUUGUUGGAUCGUCAAUCAAUCUACAUCAAGACACGAGCAAGAAUCGCUUUCCUGUCUAUCAUCACAAUCCUCACCGGAACAUGGAUCUGGGCGACUAUCCUCCAGAAGCAAUUCUACGAUGCUGCUGAGCCUCCCGUUUUCGACUGGUUCGAGGGCGGUUUCGGAAAGUCUUAUGCUCUGAUCUUCUUCUGGCAAUUCGGUGGCCAAGCGUUCCAACAAUUCUUGUACUGGCUGGUUGGACAGUAUACUACUGAUAUCUCAUCAUUGUCUUAUCACUGUGGUAUUCUCCGUGGAUUUGAGGCUCUGGGACAGACUGUCGCUUGGGCUAUGCAAUCUGAAGGCAACGCCAACCACUUCGUCAGUAUCGGUCUCAACUUCGGAAUCACCCUUCUCUGCGUCAUCCCAACCUGGAUUGUUCUCUCUGGUUUGGAACACAGCCACGAGAUCAAGAUCACAGCAAGACCCGAGUCUCCGACAAAAGAGCAGGAAGCUGAAUCUAAAGCAUAA